AUGAAGGUGCUGAGCAUAAAUUUCCUGACCUGCGCGGUCAAGACCUGCAAGUCUUCGUCGGCGUCUUUCCCGCUGCACCCCAAGGACGCCGAGCUCGCGCAGGACGAGGUCGAGGUCAACCCGCAGUUCCUCAUCAACGUCCUGCCCCGCCUUGACUGGGCGGCGCUCAAGACAACAUCAAGAGAGCUGGGCUUCCCAGAGCUCCCUGCCGAGCCGCCAUCCGCGGAGGACCUCGAGAGCAACGAGGCGAUGCUCAAGGAGCUACACUCGCUCCUCGUGGAGACGCAGAUGGUCGAGGGAAAGCUCGUCUGCGGGCACUGCGGGCACGAGUACCAUGUGCGGGAGGGGAUCGCGAACUUCCUGCUGCCGUCUCAUCUGGUAUAG